AUGGACAAUAAAAUCGUGUCAGAAUCCGAUAAGGCCCAACCUGGCCUUGCCUCGCACACAGAGAACGCCUCGUCCUCCUCAUCACAACAGGCCAUGCCUUCCCACGGCCGCGUCGUCGGCGGCAAGCACAUCCAGAAGGUCGAGGAUGAAUCGUCAAUGUCUUCGCAUGAGGGCGCCGGUCCCCUGCAGACCUUCGACUUCGACCUCCCGCUGACUCUCACCCGCACGCAAGUCCACGACGGCAACCAGUUCAUCGUGGUGGAAUUCACCCCGGACGACCCCGAGGAUCCCUUCAACUGGAACCCGCGCUACAAGGCCUUCAUCUCGCUGCUGCUCUGCCUCAUGACUCUCUUCAUCGGUCUCGCCACGACCGCCUACUCCUCCGGCAUUGGCAAAAUGACCUCUGAAUUCGGCGUGUCCGAAGAACUCGGCCAGCUGGGUCUCUUCACCUUCAACUUCACCUGCGCUCUGGCUCCUCUCUUCCUGGCUCCCUUCUGCGAGCUGGCCGGCCGCCGCGUCGUCUACGUCGGCGCCUACGUCUGCUUCGCCCUCAUGUUCAUCGGUCUCUCGCUCGGCAAGAACAUCGCCACCAUUAUCGUCUGCCGUGCCCUGCUCGGUCUCUUCGGCUGCGUCGGCACUAUCCUCGUCGGCGGCACCUUCGGCGACAUGUACCGUCCCGAGGAGCGUGCCAUCCCCAUGGCCACCUUCUCCUACGUCGCCAUCCUCGGCACCGUCGGCGCCCCCAUCUACGCCGGCUUCAUCGACCAAGCCCUCGGCUGGCGCUGGGUCGAGGGUAUCCAGGGCCUCGCCAACAUCCCCCUCGGCAUCGUCAUCCUCUUCGCGCUCCGCGAAACCCGCGGCUCCGUCACCCUCACCAAGCGCGCUAAGCUCCUCCGCAGCCAAACCGGCGACGAGCGCUACCGCGCCGCCAACGAGGUCGAGGCCCCCGGCAUCAAGGAGAUGCUGCACAGCUCGUCCGUCAAGGCCAUCAAGAUGCUGAUCACCGAGCCGGUCGUCUUCUUCUUUGGCCUCUGGAUCGCGUUCGCCUGGUUCCUGACCUUCCUCUUCCUCUCCGUCAUCCCCAUCACCUUCAACGAGAAGAAGGGCUGGAACGAGGGCGUCUCGGGUCUUCCCUACAUCUCGCUCGUCCUGGGCACCACCAUCGGCUUUGGUCUCAACUUCUUCCAGAUCCGCAAGUUCGAAGGCAUGGUGAAGAACGGCGAGAACCCACAGCCCGAGGCGCGGCUGUACGGCGCCCUCUACGGCGCCGUCUGGCUGCCCAUCGGCCUCUUCAUCUACAGCUUCACGCAGUACGAGUACCUGCACUGGAUCGCGCCCGUCAUCGCCCUGGCCCUCAUCACCAUCGGUAUCUUCUUCAUCUUCGAGAGCUGCUACUCGUUCACGAGUGACUGCUACGGCGGGAACUCGUCGUCCGCCAUCGCCGGCCAGGGUCUCAUGCGUAACACCCUCGGUGCUGUCUCGCCGCUGUUUGCGUCGCAGUUCUUCCACAACGUCGGUAGCCAGUGGGCCGGGUUGAUCCUCGCUCUUGUAGCGUCCGCUUUGACUCUGAUUCCGUUCGUCUUGUUCAAGUUUGGUCCGGCCAUCAGAGCCCGAUCGAAGCUUGCUGAGGCUUAA